AUGAACCAACAGUUGUUGAACAAUAUCAAAAAGUAUGCUAUCACAUGUCCCGGCCAAGGUAUAAUACGAAAUGGGUUGCUUGAGGAAAAUAAAAGGUAUCGUCACUUAUUCCAGCCGUACUUGGAGGAAGUUGACUUUGCAUUGGGUUACAACUUCUCCCAACAUCUAUUUCAAAGAAAUGUGAGUGAAGAAGAAACACGUAAUUGGCUACAGCGGACAUCGAAUGCUCAACCGGCGAUCCUUGCUUCCACUUACGUUACCCUCAAAGCUUUUGAAAAGGUUUACGAUGUCGAUUUGUUGAAGAAUACACAGUUUCUCCUUGGACACUCGCUUGGAGAGUACACAGCAUUGACAUUAAGCGGUGUUUUUGAUCUACUGACGGCAGUGAAGAUAGUCAGGGAAAGAGGUAGAUUGAUGGAAGAGAUGGUUCGUAAGUCACACAAGCAGUUUGGAAUGAUUGCGUUGAUAAUAAGACCCGAACAUGUGAAUGAGGUAAUUGAUCUUGCAACUGAGCACAACGUUUUAGGAAAUGUAAACUCAAAAUACCAAGUGGUGAUCUCAGGUGAACUCGAUAAGCUUGAUAUAUUUGUUGGAGUUUUGAGAAAGCAAGACAAAAGGAUGUUGUUGAAAGCAGAAAAGUUACCAGUAUCCAUCCCUUUCCAUAAUACGAUGUUAAAGGAAAUCGUUCCAGAGUUGAAAUCAACAGUGAAGGGCAAAAUCAGACCUCAAAAGAUACCAAUCAUUUCCAACCUCGAUGGAGAAGUUUCGACUGACGCAAUGUCAACAGUUGAGAAAACAUUGAAUGCCAAUUACGAGCCAGUUCAAUGGAUUAAAUCAAUGAACAAGUUGUCAGCAUCUGGCGUGAACACUGUACUCAAUUUGGGACCUGGAACGAUUCUCAAUGCCAUAAACAAGCGAUACCCAGUGAAGUGCAUACCUAUAGAAUGUAUUGAACAAUUUAGUGUGGAUUGA